GACAUAAUUUAUGAAAACUUACGAGCGUCGUAUAGCUUGUCUAGUUGACAGCGAAGAGGACGGACCAGCCAAACUUGGGGAGAAGCAUACCUAACCAAGGCGCAAAGAAACAAGAAACACUCUUCGAAUUGCAUAAAGAUCCAGACAAUUUAUUUGGUGACUGUCAAGAUGCCUGUUAUUAGAACUCUCAGCAAGGUGGCUAAGCAGGCCCUCCUGAACCCAGGAUGUGGCUGUCAGCCAAUCACAGUGGCCGUACGGACCAUCAGCUUCUCACCCCGCCAGGUCACCUCGGACGCCAGCUUCCACUCCGUGUCCUUCUCCGAGACGGACCACCCCAAGGUUCUCAUCACAGGCGGCCUUGGACAGUUGGGGGUAGGGCUGGCUAAAAGGUUGAGGAAGCGGUUUGGAAACAAGAAUGUAAUCCUGUCAGAUAUCAGGAAGCCUCCAAGCCACGUUUUCUACAGCGGCCCCUUCAUCUACUCUGACAUCCUGGACUAUAAGAACCUGCGUGAGAUUGUGGUGAACAACCGCAUCACGUGGUUGGUCCAUUACAGUGCCCUGCUCAGCGCCGUGGGAGAGGCCAACGUAUCUCUGGCUCGCGACGUCAACAUCACUGGUCUCCACAACAUCCUGGACAUUGCAGCGGAGCACGGCCUGCGUCUGUUCGUCCCAAGCACCAUCGGAGCCUUUGGGCCCACCUCACCCCGGAACCCGACCCCUGACCUCUGUGUCCAGAGACCCAGGACCAUCUAUGGAGUCUCCAAGGUUCACGCAGAGCUCAUGGGAGAGUACUACCACCACCGCUACGGCCUUGACUUCCGCUGUCUGCGCUACCCAGGAAUCAUAUCUGCUGACUCACAGCCUGGAGGAGGAACGACAGACUACGCGGUAGCCAUAUUCCAUGAUGCCGUCAAAACAGGGAAGUUUGAGUGCAACCUGAAGCCAGACACGCGGCUGCCCAUGAUGUACAUCGACGACUGUCUGCGUGCCACCGUGGAGAUGAUGGAAGCGCCCGCAGACACCCUCUCCAUGAGGACCUAUAACAUCAACGCCAUGAGCUUUUCCCCUGAAGAGCUGGCUCAGGAGGUCCAGAAACAGCUGCCGGACCUGGAGGUCACCUACGACAUCGAUCAAGUCAGACAGGCCAUCGCUGACAGCUGGCCAAUGAACUUUGACGACUCUAACGCGCGGAACGACUGGGGCUGGAAACACGACUACGACCUCCCGGAGCUCGUCCAGACCAUGCUCAACUACAUCGGCUCAGACUCGCGCAUCGCACAGACCAACUGAGGGGCCAGCGGUGACGUGCUUCUCGGUGGCGUGCUGGAUUAGUGUUGUUUCUUUGUACAUACUGUAAAAAAUAUUGUUAUAGAGGAGGGAGACACGUGGUCUAUGAAGACUUGUUAUAGAGGAGGGAGACACGUGGUCUAUGAAGACUUGUUAUAGAGGAGGGAGACACGUGGUCUAUGAAGACUUGUUAUAGAGGAGGGAGACACGUGGUCUAUGAAGACUUGUUAGAGAGGAGGGAGACACGUGGUCUAUGAAGACUUGUUAUAGAGGAGGGAGACACGUGGUCUAUGAAGACUUGUUAGAGAGGAGGGAGAAACGUGGUCGUAAAAAGACUGGUCUGGAAAUAGUCACUGUUUUCUCUCUCUCCUCUCUUUGUCUUUGUUUGUCUUUGUCUUUCUCUGUAUUUCUCUGUCUGUUUCCGUCUGUCUCAGUCUGUGUGGCAGAACAAGCUACUACAAUGUAAAGGUUGGUCGCGUGAGAAAUAGACGUUUGACUCUCCCCUUCUGGGAAAAGGGAUUAGAACACAGGGUCUGAGAGAACAUGUUUAGAUGAAACAUCUCAGAGAGGUUGACUUGCACGGCUCUGCAUUGUUCACUCUAUUGUACCAUUGUGACAUUUUCAAGGCAAACAAUCAAAGAAUGUAGCGUUGGUCAAUCUUAAGUGCUCGAACCCUUCUUCUCUCUGUGGUGAGCUAUGUAAAGGCUAUUGUAAAGGGGUUAACGAUUGUAUAAUUGUUUUUGAUAAGAGCUGAGAAUUCAGGUAUCAGAGGGCCUAAAUGUAUGGCCAUAAUCACAUUAAGUUUAAGUUUGACUAAUAUAUAAUAUGAUGCAGUUUGAAACCCUUUAAAAGGUUUUUUUAUCAUUGAACAGUUAUAAUUCUGCGUUUUAAUAUCGAUGUGUGGAAGCACACAUUGAGUACCAGCUCACAUUUUUCUAUUAUUUCAUGUUAUUUCAGCUGGGUUUUGUUUUUCCCACUGAUUUCAUUCUUCUAUGUAUUCUGUCUGCUGGUGAUAACUGACUGGGAAUGAUGUUGAAUCAAUGUGCUCCUUGCGCUGCUUGUAUGUAAAGUGUGAAUGUUCCACAAAUGACUCUCAAACGACUCCCUAGAUAGUGUCCACCAUAUUCCUUAAAUAUUCCCUAUACACUAUAAAAGGGAUUUGCCAUUUGGUAUGCGUCCUAUUUGACUGUUUCCGUUAGUUCGUAAGUGACCUGUCAGGGAUGUCCGUUUUCACUCCGUCUGUUCGCCAAAACGGGUCCAUGUGGAUGUUAUUAAAAAGGGAAAUGGUUUUGUGGUGGUUGUAUGUUUUUCUUUUCGGAUGCUAUCGUUGUAAAUGACUUCAAUGCUUUCUGUGUGUAAGUCUGGAAACAAAUGUGUGUUCUUUCAAUCACAAAUCUGCUUUGUCAUUACAGUAUCUCUUUUCUGUAUCCUCUUAAUAUGCCAUGUAUUUGUUAAGGACCGUGUACAACAUGCCAUUGCACCAUCUUUAUAUAGAUAGUUCAUUUUCAUCUGUAGUCCCUGGGCAGAAAACAGUCAACAUUAAAACAUCAAUACAAUCCUACAGUA